ACAACAUGUCUGAAAAUACCGAAAUAGCCUUUAAUAUUUUGAAACCUUUAGUGACUAAUUCUCAUGAGAAACUUGUUACAAACACUGAAGGGAAUAAAGGAUAUUUUGGGGAUGAGGAGAAAAAUAUGUCUUUGAAAGUUGAUGAGGAGGAAAAUGAUGGUACAAAUGUUUCUUUGGAAACAAAAAAAAUUGGGAACGAUAAAUUUUUUAUUAGAGGUCAUUGGACACCAGUAGAAGAUGAUAAGCUUAUAAAACUUGUUAAAGAUUUUGGUCCUUACAAUUGGAACAACAUUGCUAAACAUUUUCAUGGAAGAUCAGGGAAAAGUUGCAGAUUAAGAUGGCGUAAUCAACUAGAUCCUAAGAUUAAUAGAAGAUGUUUUAGUGAAGAGGAAGAGGUGAAGCUCUUGGCUGCUCAAAAUUUUUUUGCCAACAAAUGGACAAUCAUUUGUAACCUAUUUCAUGGAAGGACAGACAAUGCAGUUAAGAAUCAUUUUAAUAUUAUGAUGGCUAGGAGGAAAAGGGAGAAAUCAUCAGAUUUUUCUAGAAAGAGAAAGCCAACAUUUGUAGCAAGUGAAUCAAUCACUAGUACCAUUGAUGUAUCUAAUUCAGCUUGCACUACUCUCAGGCUUUUUGGUAGGCCUUUAUUUAAUUAUCAAGCCUAUAUUUCACAAAUGGGUUUACCUGGAGAAAGGAAGGAGGAAGCGGGAGAUUUUGGCUAUGAUAUGGGAAAGCCUAAGAGUGUGAACCAAUUCAAUUAUUCAUAUUCAAAUUCAGAAGCUUUAGCAAAGUCAGUUGCAACAAUUAGGAAUAAUGUAUUGGGGGAAAGUGAAAAUGUGAGAGGUACGAUUAAGGUGUCAUUUAUUGAUUUUCUUGGAGUGGGUGAUACAUAG